GGACCGCCAAAGUACACGAAAUCAAUUUUGAAGAAGGGUGAUAAAACCAACUUUCCGAAGAAAGGGGACACUGUUCACUGCUGGUAUACAGGAAAACUACAGGAUGGAACCGUCUUCGAUACCAAUAUUCAGACAAGUUCAAAGAAGAAAAAAGCAGCCAAACCUUUAAGUUUCAAAGUCGGCGUAGGAAAAGUUAUCAGAGGUUGGGAUGAAGCUCUCUUAACAAUGAGUAAAGGAGAGAAGGCUCAACUGGAAAUAGAACCUGAGUGGGCGUAUGGCAAGAAAGGGCAGCCCGACGCUAAGAUUCCACCAAACGCAAAACUUUUCUUUGAAGUGGAAUUGGUGGAUAUCGAAUGAAAUGAAGUUUCCUUUGCUGCUGGGAAUGCAUUUAUGAUCCAGAAGGCUUCUGCCAACUGCAGUUUUGCUCUCGUAACUUCAGGAUAUAGUUACAACUGUGGCCUUGUAUUUGGAAUCCAGUUUGUUCUCCCUGCCCCCACCUGCUGUACAGUAACAUACCACUAAAGAAACCAGAGUUUAUACAUGCA